CUGAUAUGACAGGAAGAGUCGGUGUUUAGAGAUUCUAAUGCAGGAAGCAAUUUCUUUGGUCCACGUUAGCAGUCAACACUCGCGGCAAAUGUGAUCGCCAGACCAAGGGUCACUCGGCUGGACGAACCGUUUCUGCAGGGUGAGCGAGCGACCAUGGGUUCGGAGAGCAGCGCUUUGCGGAGCUGCAUCUUGGAGGAACCGCUACUGACCCGUCCCUCGGGGCUGACCAUGUACUCCGCCGUGCUUCAGGAUGGAAAGCCAACGUCUGUCUUUGUUUACAAGCAGGGAAAUGAAGACAAGGUCAACAAAGCUGCUAAACACCUGAAGACGCUGAGACACCCGUGUCUCCUGCGCUUCCUGUCAUGCUCAGUGCAGGACGGGGGCAUCCACCUGGUGACUGAGCGCGUGCAGCCUCUGGAGCUGCUGCUGGACAGCCUCUCCCCUGAGGAGGUCUGUGCCGGUAUCUACGACCUCCUGCAGGCCCUGGUCUUCCUGCACGAGAGGGGUAAAUCGAGUCACAACAACGUUGGCCUGUCGUCCGUGUUUGUCAGCGAGGACGGCCACUGGAAGCUGGGGGGGAUGGAGACAGUCUGCCAGUUCUCUGAGGCCACGCCUGAGUUUCUCAAAAGCAUUCAGAAUGUAAGAGAGGCGAGCACAGUUCCUCCAGAAGAGAGGGUGGAGGGGUUUCAGAUGCUGCCGGAUAAACACGCCCACUCCCGAGACUGCUUCUCAUUUGGGACGUUGGUGGAGACGCUCCUUCCUGUCCUGAUUGGCUACGUCUCCGAGGAGCUGUCAGAGAGGUUGAAGAGAACCCUGCAGGUUGGCUUGUUGACCUCUGAUCCCUUGUCGCGCCCCCCCCUCAGCUCUCUGCUGACUCAUGACUUCUUCAGGAAUGACUUUCUGGAGGUCAUGAACUUUCUAAAGAGCCUGACCCUAAAAAUGGAGGAUGAAAAAAACGAAUUCUUCAAGUUUCUGUUAGACAGGGUACAGAACCUUCCAGAGGAGCUGCUGGCCUCACGCCUGGUCCCUAAACUCCUCAACUCUCUGGUGUUUGCUGAACCCACAGCUGUCAAGAGCUUCCUGCCUCACCUCUUCAAGCCAAAGAAAGACUCGGGCGGAGGGGGGGGCAGUGAGGAGUGUCUCCUGUCGGUGUCUCUCUACCGGCAGCACGUGAUCCCUCAGCUCCUCAGGCUCUUCAAGGUGAACGAGGAGCACGUGCGCUUCGUGCUGCUGGCUCACGUGCACAUCUACGCCGAGUUCUUCACCCAGGACGAGCUCAAGAACCAAAUCCUACCUCAGAUUUUACUGGGGAUGAGGGACACUAACGACGCCCUUGUUGCCAUGACGCUCCAGAGUCUGGCUGUGCUGGUGCCGUUGCUAGGGGCGCAGGUGGUGGUGGGCGGAGAGAGGACCAAGGUGUUCAAACGCACUUCGCCCAAUUUCACCAAGUCAACCGAGGUCACCCCAGAGACUUCCCCUGUCCACAUCGUGUGGGGCUCCUCCCCCAAGGUGGCCCAGCCCCCCAAGGUUCUGAGUAUGUUCCCCAAACCUUCGGGGGGAGGCGGGCUGGUUCUGGGGGCCAUAGACAGCCUGCAAGGGUCUGGAGAGAUCCCCAGGAGGUACCCUCCGGCUGGCCUGUCUGCCGUGAGUAAGGGGAUGUCUCUGCCUCUGAACGGGUUCACCGCGAACAACAACACAGAGUACAGCCCAGAGCAGCAGGAGAGGGCAGGGGGCCUGGGGGGGGGCCAGGGGGAGGACUGGCCAGACUGGAGCGACACGGACGAGGGGGAGAGGGAGAGCAGAGACCGGGUCCAGAUCCACAUCCAGGCCUCGGAACGACCAGCGAGUCCCAGCUCGGGGGCCCCCCUCUCCCCCCAGGAGGAGCAGGAGCCCUGGGAUGACUUUGAGGACCCGGAGCCUGGCUCUGACCUCUCCACCCCCACCCCCGAUCCCGUCGUCCUGCGACCGCCCGCGGGGGGUGCCGUUGCCCCCCAGAAGCCAGCCCCGGAACACCCCAGGACGUCCUCCAAACCCCUGAAGCUGAGUCCCCGCUCCCCCGCUGAGAGGAAGCCCACCUCUUGGGACAACGGGUGGGACCAGGAGGGGGACGCCGGCGACCCGCCUCCCGCAGAGCGUAAGCCCCUCGCCAGGCGCCGGGGGAACGAGGGGGCUGACGGUCUAGGGAAAGAGUUCACCAUCGAGGUGAAGAAGAAACCGGUGAGGGACCCCGAGCUGGACUUCUUUGCAGACAUGGAGCCUGAUAUCCAGCUGUCGUCCCCGACCCUGGUGCUGCCUGGGGAGCACGGCACCGGACACCCUGGACUGUGUACAGCCGCACCCUCAGCGCAGGCUGAGCCUGGAGAGACCUUCCCCUCCGUAGACGCUCUCAAACUCACCGCCAAGUUUGCAGCUGCUGACACGACGGAGACGGAGGUGGGAGGAUGGGGGGAUGGAGAAGACCUUAACUGGGAGGAUGAAAACGCCUGGUGAUGAACUGCAGUACACACAGCCACGGUUCACACAGGCAACGCCCUGGACAUGUCGCUCUAUAGGACCGGUUUUCUCAGCCAAUCGGAGAACUGGAAUCCUCUCCAUCUGCACAAGGACAUUCAUGGGCAUUCUAAACACGGAGUCAUGUAGCUAGUGCUGAUCGUUAAACUGUGAUGGGAUGGGAAACGGUUCAUUUUACCAUUGGGAUUUCACUCACUUGUGACGAUUUUCAGAUGUCCUAUAUCAAUGUCCUCGUUAAUGAAGGACCCAUGUUUAUGAUAUUUUGCUUUUCUAUCGAAAGACUCUGGGUUGUCUCUUACUGAAACGUAGACUGGGAAAUUGUAGACUUUUCUUUUAGAAUUUUGCCAAAAUCUCAUAGGAAAUGAAUGGACCAUGGACUAAGACACUAAACGUAGGUGAAUUACUGUACUUCAACUUUCCUUAUCAGGAUUUCUUUAGGUUUGUUGUGCCAUAUCGGAGCCCUACAUUUCACCACUUGCGUUACCAUGGGGACAAACAAUGGGAUUUCUACAGCCUCGGCACUUUGAAUGAAUGUGAAAUAGAGAAUGACAGAAUGACAGAUGUAAUUUAUUUAUAUCUUUCUGGUGGUUGCUGGCAGAAUAAAAAGGUUUUACGGUUU